AUGAUGUUCUCCCAGCUGCUCGAUUUCAACUACAGCCUGAACGGCAGCGCGGAGGAGCCGCUCGCUUUCCUGGACGAGGACUGGAGCGACUCUCCAGCGGAGAAGCUCUCGCGCGCGGGCUUCAUCGCGCUCUCCGUCUUCUUAGGUCUCAUCAUGACAUUCGGCUUCCUCAACAACUUCGUCGUGCUGGUCCUCUUCUGCAAGUUCAAGACGCUGCGCACGCCGGUCAACAUGCUGCUCCUGAACAUCAGCGUGAGCGACAUGCUGGUGUGCAUGUGCGGGACGACGCUGAGCUUCGCGUCCAGCAUCCGCGGCCGGUGGCUGCUGGGCAAGCAGGGCUGCAUGUGGUACGGCUUCAUCAACUCCUGCUUCGGUAUUGUGUCUCUAAUAUCCCUGGUGAUUCUGUCGUAUGACCGCUACAGCACACUGACGGUGUAUAACAAGCAGGGUCCAAACUACCGUAAGCCCUUGCUAGCAGUGGGAGGCUCGUGGCUGUACUCCCUAAUCUGGACAGUGCCCCCGCUACUGGGCUGGAGUAGCUAUGGUCUGGAAGGGGCUGGCACCAGCUGUUCCGUGUCAUGGACCGAGCGCUCACCGCAGUCUCAUGCGUACAUCAUCUGCCUCUUCAUCUUCUGUCUGGGCCUGCCAGUGCUGGUCAUGGUCUACAGCUAUGGGAGGCUACUCUGUGCUGUCAAACAGGUAGGGAAGAUUCAUAAGUCUGCAGCUCGGCGGAGGGAGUUCCAUGUGUUGUUUAUGGUGAUCACUACAGUGGUGUGUUACCUGCUGUGCUGGACACCAUACAGCGUGGUGGCCAUAAUGGCCACCUUUGGUCAGCCAGGGAUCAUUACACCUGUUGCGAGUGUGGUGCCCUCUCUUCUAGCCAAGACCAGCACUGUCAUCAACCCGGUUAUAUACAUCCUAAUGAAUAAACAGUUUUACAGAUGUUUCCUGAUCCUGUUCCACUGCAAGGUGAGGUCUAUGGAGAACGGCCCAUCAUCUAUGCCCUCCAAGACUACUGUCAUCCAGCUGAACCGCAUGGUGCACAGCAACACGGUGGCCUGCACAGCGCAGAUUUCCACCAGCCCGCAGGAGCUGGGAUGCAGCACCCCGGCCAUGGAGAGGAGCAACACUCCGGAGGUCUCGUCCUAACAAGGAGGCUCUCCUUUUCUCUUGUGCACAUGUGAAUGCGUUCCUUGCUAAGUUUGAGAGGAAGAGCUGGCCUGCCACUGAAGUUGGGUGCACAGCAUUCUUCCUGUUCUGAGCAAGCCUGGGAGCCCUCCUUCCGUCACAGCAGAAAUGUGUCAGUGGUGUACUCCCACCCACCCCACCACCACAGCCUCUGCCUUUACUCAGUGUAGGUGUUUCACACACUGCGUCUGUCCAAACACCAGUCUGUCUGUAACCCAAACUAGUCCAGAGCUCCACUCAAUCUGGAUUAUUAGCUUUACCUGGGGAGGCACUGCAAAGUAAGAGAUUUUAAUCCAGUUCAA